AUGCGCCUAUUGCUGACACCGGCCGUUCGAAGCGCUGCCUUCUAUGUCGGCUCCACGAUAUUCUGCUCCUUGGUGGGCAAAGUGGUCGUCACUCGAUUUUUCUUUGACUACCCAGUCGUCAUCCUCAUGCUGCAAAUGGCCACCACUCUUUUCAUCAUCGAAUUGUUGAGAGUGUUUGGAGUGGUGAAAUUGUCGCCGUACUCAUUCGAAAAAGGUCGACACUGCUUCUUGCCGUCGAUUAUGCUCUGCGUUGCCCAAUGGCUUACGGUGGUCGCCUUCGAAGGAAUCGGAAUGCCAUCGUUCGAGUCUGUCAAAAGUCUCACGUCAGGUCGCCUAGACCAUGUCCAAUUAGUGGGCGUGGCGGCAAUUUCGUUCACUUCAUUUGUUACAGGCGAUGGAACUGUUGUACAUGCAUGCGUUCAACUCGCUGAUUGUGUUCCUCAUAGCGGAUGUGUCGUGCAGGACGAGAUCCGUGACGCGUUCAUGUACAUGAUGACAUCGGCGCAUCCCUUGUUCAGUAGCGUUUUUGUCGUCCUGCUACUCUCCGGUAUUUUGCUCCAGUUCGCCACCUUCGUCUGCAUCGAACACAAUGGUGCUCUCAACACACAAAUCCUUUCGAACAUCCGGGCCGCAUUCCAGAUUUUCGUCGCCUACUUCCUGUCGCUGUACCUGUUCUACGACGUGUCGCCUGGUGUGCUCAACUACCUCGGCCUUUUACUCACCAUCGCCGCGGCCUAUUACAUCUACAAUCAACGAAAUGCUGAUACGAUUCCACAAAAAACUGCCUGGACAAGCAAAGCCUGA